GUUCACUCUAUAUUUAGCAGAAGCUCCGGACAGCCUGUAAUGGCAGUUAGUGUCCGUGCGAGUGAUCUGCAGGGACUUUCCGCUCUGAGUUUGGGAGACUGAAGCUCCAGGAGGGUGAGGAAGAGUUUAUUUCCAUGAUGGACGUGUACGAGAUGAGGGGUCGGCUGCAGGUCAUUGCAGAGGAGAUGGCAGUGAGUGAGGAUGAGGAUGGUGAGGGUGAUGAAGAAGCGUUUGUGAUGGUCAGUAAGCGGCCAUCAACGUCCAGCUCCUCAUUCUGCAGGGACUGUGCCACCCCUGCUCACUCAGGACACCCCCCCAACCACAGAGUGCUGCCUCUGCAGGAAGCCGCACAGGACAUGAAGACUGAGCUUAGUCAGAGCUGCAGCAAGCUGACUGAGAAGAUCACUCAGAUGGAGAACUUCGCCAGCAAUCUAGAGGAGAUCUUCAUCACUGUGGAGGAGAACUUCGGCCGGCAGGAGCAGAACCUGGAGCAGCAUUACAGCGACGUCCUGCAGACUCUGUCUCAGAGGAACAGUGAGAACAGCGCCGCCCUGCAAGACCAGAAGAAGCAGAAACUGGAGGCUCUGUACGGCCAGCUGCUGGCAUGUGGGCGCCUGCUGGACACCAGCAAGGAUCUGAUUGAGAGCGCGCAGGAGCUCCACCGCUGCCAGAACAAACAUGCUUUCCUGCAGGCCGUUAUGCCGGUAAUUAAGAGGAUUGAGGAUUUUGCAAAGGAGGAGGUGGAGCUGAAGGCGGGCGUGUCUAUAGAUUUUACCACGCCCACUGCUGACCUGUCAGCUGUUAAACAGAUGAUGGAAUCCAUCAAUGUGGUUCCAGCUCCUUCGGCUCCUGUGAUGAACCCUCAGGUUGUGAACUCCGCCACAACGUCCUCUCUGCGCGUGUGUUGGAGUUUAUUCUCCGAUGACACGGUGGACUUUUACCAGCUCUACUGCCGCCAGAUCUCCGAGGACAUCACCACGGAAACGGAGCAGGACGCGUCAGUGCGCAGAGUGAAGGAGACCCACUAUGUGGUGACGGAUCUGCUCCCAAACGCUCAGUAUGAGUUCUGGGUCACGGCCACCAACACCACCGGCAUUAGCCCAGCCAGCGAGAGGGCCGUCUACAUGACCGUCCCCUCCCCUCCUGUGAUUAAACUGCAGGAGUCUGUGAGCUGUUUAGAGGCAGCGCUGAUCCGUUGGGACUCGGGAAACACCAACCCAGUGGAGUCGUACACAUUGGAGCUCAGCGAGGCCGAUAACCACAGCAGUGUGACUGAGUCCAUUGUGGCGAUUCCCACCUGUGAGUGUUUGGUUCAGCUGCAGCCAUGGAAACGCUACAUCAUCAACAUCCGGGCCGUUAAUAUAGGGGGCGCUAGUGAAAGGAGCCAGCCAAUCACCAUCUCCACCACUGGUACAUUGUUCCACCUGCUGAAGGAGACGGCACACCCCUCUCUCUCCGUGUCACCUGAUGGGUUCACCAUGUUCUACCUGGAUGAGGACCUUCCGAUCAGCGAGAUGGUGUUCAGCGACACCACCUUCUCCAGCUGUGUGGCCGUGCUGGGGGAUCUGAUUCCGGUCAGAGGGCAGCACUACUGGGAGGUGGAGGUAGAUGAGUGGGCAGAGUAUCGGGUGGGUGUGGCCUAUGAGGACACACAGCGCACCUCCUACCUGGGAGCUAACGCAACCUCUUGGUGUAUGAGACACCUCCUCACACCGUCCAGGCACAAGUAUGAGUUCCUCCAUAACGGCUGGAGUGCAGACGUGCGGAUCACCGUGCAGCCAUUCCGGAUCGGAGUGUUUCUGGAUUAUGAGCGAGGAACGCUGUCCUUCUACAACGCGCUCCUCCAACAGCACCUGUACACCUUCAGCUGCUGCUUCCACCACUACGUCCUGCCCUGCUUCGCCCUCGAUAAACCGGGAGCGCUAACUCUGCACACCGGACUGACCGCUCCCAAAUACAUCACACACACAUAAAUCACACACACACACAUCCAUACAUCACACACACAUAAAUCUCACACACACACAUCCAUACAUCACACACACAUAAAUCUCACACACACACAUCCAUA